AUGGAGAAGAAUGUUUGGUGGGAUAAAGAAGUGCAAGAAGCAGUGUGUGAGAAGAAAAAGUUGUGGUUGGUUUGGUUAGCCACAAGAGCUAACCAAAGAAAUCACACAGCUUCAUUUGACGAAGUCGGUGAAGCGAAAAAGGAUUAUAGAAGAAUGAAAGUGUUAGUAAAGGAAUUAGUAGACAGAAAGAAAGACGAACAGAAAGAUAAAAUGGAAGAAAGGCUCUCUCGAGACUUCCAGGCAAAUAUAAAGUUUUUCUGGAAGUCCGUUCGUUUAGCCAGGGGCAACACCCAGAACUCUGAGCUAAAGUCAAUAAAAGACAAGAAUGGAAGAUUAGUGAAUGAGGAAGAAUGCAUCUUAAAAAGAUGGAAAGAGUAUUUUGAAAGUUUGUUCGAUAAAGAGGAGGCAAACACGUCAAUUUCGAAGUUGAAUGAAAGCAUUGAAAACGUGUCGGAGGAUGAUAGUAUUAUCAUGGAUUAG